UAUUUUUUAAAGGCAUCGGAGCUCGGCCAUUUUCUGCCGCUGCCCGCGCUGACCAGGGUCGUCGCGUGCACGCACUUUGUCGCGUCUUCCCAGACAUCUCUUCUCAACUACUUACGACCCCUCCAUUGUAAACAAAAGUCUAUAGGAAUAGUCCAAUAAAUCACGCGAAUUAAGCUUCAGAUACUACCAUCUUCUAUCUUACGCUCGUUCUCGACUAUCCACAAUGCCUUCAGUCGCGCGCAGACGUCGUCCCGUCCAGGAGGAAGAGAGCUCCGAAGAAGAAGAGGCACCCAGACAAACGCAAAGAGGCAGAAAGCAAGCAGUGGAAUCAGAAGACGAGUCGGAGGAAGAUUCGGGGCCAGGAGAGGACUCGAUGGAUGUGGAUGGAGAUCUGGACGAGAGCCAGGAUCAAGUGGUGAAGAAGAUGGUUCGAUAUGCUCUGGCGUGCGAAUUCCAGCGGAAAAGUAUCAAGAGGCAGGAGAUAUCCGAGAAAGUGAUUGGGAAACAACAUCGAGGCGCAUUUAAGAGAGUAUUCGAAUCUGCGCAGAACCAGUUGAGGACGAAGUUUGGCAUGGAGAUGGUUGAACUUCCAGUCAAGACGAAGAACACCAUGAAAGAGAAGAGAGCUGCACUAAAGACGAAGGGUAACUCGAAACCAACCGCCAACUACAUCCUGACGACAAUCCUACCUCCCGAAUACAGAAGUCCAGAGAUAAUGCCUGCGUCUACUAUUGGGAGCGAGCAUAGCGAAGCGGCAUACAUGGGUUUGUGCACAACUAUCGUCUCGAUAAUCGCAUUAAGUCCGAACGAUGCAAUACCAGACCACAAGCUGCAUCAAUACCUUGAAAGAUUGAGCUUAGACAGGCACACAGGACUAGGCACUACCGAAGCUCUACUCGCGAGGAUGAUCAAGGAUCAGUACAUCUACAAGACUGUUGAGAAGACGGCCGAUGAUGAGACUAUUGACUGGCGAGUUGGUCCUCGAGGUAAAGUUGAGAUUGGAAAUAAGGGUAUUCAAGGACUGGUAAACGAAGUGUAUGGUGAAACUGCUCCUGAAGAUCUUGAGAAGAGGUUACAGCGAAGCUUGGGAAUGGAGGUAAGGAGGGCCGGUGAGAAUGGGGAUGAUGGUGGAGAGGACGAAGAAGAGGAAGCUGAGGAAGAAGUGACCAUGAAUGGCGAUCCUGGUCCAAGCAGGACGUCGAGUAGGAGGCAAAGUAGGAGAUGAGUUGUUAAUGUAAAAUUCGAAUACCAGAUGAGCACUUCAUAUGCUUUUGGACAUUGCACGAUCCGUCAAAUUUGGCCUGCUUCACAGCUGUAGGUGAAUGAGGCAGAGUUCGAUUAUUGUUACGCAUGUCUAGAACUCCCAGCGCCAAUUUCCAUUCCAUGACCGUUGUUGCAAUCCUUGACAAACAAGGAGAGUCUAUGGCUUCGCCACAUCAGACAUCUUGCGCCAUAUGGUUUCAAGGGCUUCAAUGCAAUCGUCGCGGGCCCUUCUAUUCCCCUCCCAUUUGCAUCACUUUCCAUUCCAACUGAAGCAUCCUUCUCCCAGCCCUUCUCAACCAGCUCAAUCCUGCAGCUCGGGUGGUUUUCCAACAGGCUGUAUCAUUUUCUAUACCGCAAUCGUCAGCUCCCGUUCACUGCCCCAAACAACGCCUGCUCCACGGCCCAUGAAGCCUAUUCAUGUAAACCAAAACCACUCACCUCAAUCAUUUGCGCGCGAACCUUCUCCCUACACUCUCCCAUACCAAUAGCCAUAUAGCUCAGCAGCGGUGGAUGUCCAACAUAACUCGCAUAGCUGUCACGCUGGAUGUUGGAAGUCCACUCGAACUUAGUCGUAUCGGCAUGCCCUGUUCCGACGUAGCGGGCUUGCAGCGCCUCGAGCUGUUGCUGCGCGCGGAGUUUGUCG